UGAUAAAUUUAGACAUGUUUGACUCUAUGUCCAGUUUGGGUUCUGAUUCGUUUCUGCUCCUUUUAUGCCAAGUUGAAUGCAUGCCUUGACUCUCUUAUUUCAAUAUUCUUUGUCAUUUCGUGCAGAGAUCGGCCACCUCACUUCAACAGCCAUCUGUUGCCUCUCACGUAUUAUUUAUCUUCUUCCACUGUAUAUCUUAAAUUCCAAGUUCGCUCCUCUUUUCCUCCAAUCUCUUUUGCAACGGCUACCAUGUCUUUCAGAGGUCUCGGCCGGCCGAAUGCUUCGUCAGGCAUGGGAGUGGCUGAUCACAGCAAAAGUAGCUUCAUGGAACUGAAGCAAAAGAAAGUGCACCGAUACGUAAUCUUCAAGAUCGAUGAGAAGAGGAGGGAGGUGUUGGUGGAGAAAACCGGCGGUCCAGCUGAGACAUAUGACGAUUUUACUGCAUCACUGCCAGAGAAUGAUUGCAGAUAUGCUGUGUAUGACUUUGAUUUCGUCACUUCAGAGAACUGUCGAAAAAGUAAAAUCUUCUUCAUUGCAUGGUCGCCUUCAACCGCUCGAAUCCGUGCCAAGAUGCUUUAUGCCACGUCGAAAGACAGGUUGAGGAGGGAGCUAGACGGUGUGCACUACGAAAUCCAGGCGACUGAUCCCUCAGAAAUGGAUCUUGAAGUUCUCAGAGAACGUGCACAUUAAUUGACACAUGCCUAUGCGCUGGUUCUCUCUUUUAUAUAUCUUGAUUUUAAUUGUAGUUGACACAAGUCUAUGCACUAGCUCGCACUAGUUAUCUACUAUAACAUGGUUCCCCAUGAGCCAUGCCCCAAAAAGAUGUUAUCAUUAAGUGAAUCUCUGUCGUGGCUAAUGAAUUUGGGCUUAUCUCUUGCUAUAAAAUCUAUAUAUACAUUCCUUGGUGGUUCUGAACAUGAGCCCGUGGGCAUGGAAUUUAAUUAGUACGGCUUGAUUAGAUAGUGAAAAUAUGGUACUUUAUUACCUCUCAUGACCAAGAUCCCCUUGAAAACGCUAUAUGUAUAUAUUAAUUGACUUUUCUUCUUGGGAAAAAACAGAGAGAGAGAUAAAGAGAGAGAUGACGGUACAAAACCAGGCAAAAAAACAAGCUUCGUCUAGACGACUACAUUGGUUCUUAAAGAUUCUGCCCAGGUUCACACCUAUAUAGAAAGGCCUGAUAAGGGGGAAACAAAAGCACAAGGGUCUUCGAUCAAGCUCUGAAGGAUGCUUCCUCUUGCAAUUCCUCGUUCUCGGCAUAUAAUAACUCCAGAGAUUCACCUCUGGAUCAGGCACCAUGAAGCGGAAGAACCCCAAAAUGAACCUGCAUCUGUUUUGGCGGCAUCUUGGUUCACUGCCAGGUAUAGAAAACCAAACGCACCCACCAUAGCUCCAAGCUUCUCCGACGCUGAAGAUAUCCCAUGAUAAGUAACCAGAAUCUUGCAGGAAAUAUCUCAGCAGGCAGCCAGGCGCCACAAAUAUGUUGUAGCGUUCGAAACUGGCGAAAAGAGUCAUUGAAUACAGAUAUCACGUGUUGUUUUGGAACAGAAUUAUUG